AUGUGCCAUAAGUUGGCAGAGAAUGUCACAUUCGAGCAAGGUGCUCUCGCAGAACCUCUAGCUGUGUCCUUACACGCUGUUAAUCGCAGUCAGGCAGGAGGUGCAGGAUUUGGUACUCUAGCCGGAUCAAAUGCACUUGUUCUCGGGUCGGGAGCGAUAGGUAUUCUCACCGCUACUGUUCUUGCGAUUUCUGGCGUUACAAAUAUUGUUAUCGCUGAUAUCGAUGCUGCAAGAUUACAACUAGCUACAACUCUAAGGGGUGGGAAAUAUCGAUUCAAAACUUUUCUUCUACCUAGGAAGGCACCCACUUCUACGAUUGAGGAGGGGUUAACUGACGCCCAAGAACUCGCACUGAAUAUUUCACGAUCAGCUCAUCUAGAGACAGGAUUCGAUCGAGUAUUCGAGUGCACGGGUGUCCCAUCAUGUGUACAGCUAGGUAUAUUUGCAGCUACAGCUGGAGGAAAACUAAUUCUUGUCGGCAUGGGGAGUGCAACUCAAACAAUACCUUUAGGAGCAGCAGCAUUAAGAGAAGUGGACAUUAUUGGAGUUUUCAGAUACGCGAAUUGCUAUCCUACUGCUCUCGCUCUACUUGCAAGUGGGAAUUUAGACGGAGUCGUGGAGGAACUUGUUACUCAUCGAGUUGAGCUUGCUGAUGGAGAAAAGGCUUUUAGGCUGGCAGCAAAUCAAGGAAGACCAGGGGAAGACGAAGGUAGAGUCCCUAUCAAGGUUGUCAUUACUUCCUAG